UCUUUACAAGUUAACUCUUUAUUUUUAAUUUUCUGCGUACAAAGUCCUCCUUACAUAAUACGCGGAUAAAUAAAAUCUCUCAUUUGUUAUAAAUUUUUUAUAUCAUUUCCUGUGUUUAAUUUACACCUCCUCCGCACUUGAGAACAUUUUUCCACUCAACUUUUAGAUUUAUCAGUGUAUCAAAUCUUAAUCGUUUGUUAACGGUCAUUUACCUCCCUCUUCCAGCGUUGCUCGUGUGUGUGUGUGUGUUCAUUGGGCUCGUCUUGUUUCAAUUAUCACAUCGAAUUAACACAUUUUGGUAAUAAUUUGCAGGUUGUGUUAUUAGAUUGGCGAAUUCUCUUUUGCAUAAAUUGUGUCUACUGUCCGUUCAAAAUUAAUAUGCAGUAAAGUCCUCAAAAUAUUUUAAAAGGUCAAAUGGCCUAAGUUACUGAUUGCUAUUAACAACGAUUUAAUUACGCAUAUUUAUUCUACAUUUUAACUGAAAAUUACUGUAAAAUUUGGAAAUAUUUCGCCAGAUAACCUUUCAGAUUUUUUACUGCAUAUUAAUUUUGAAUGAACAGUAGUGCAUGGUAUGUCUCGUUUGAAGACGUUGGUCAAAUAUUUUACUUGCAUUUUUUUUAGUCUGUGCUGUGAUUCGGUUAAUGGUCUUAAGAGCAUACAUAUGCAAUUAUAUAAGAUUUAUUCCAUUAAGAUUAUCGUGACUCCAUUUUUAAGGUAGAUUUUUGUCAUGUGAUGUAAAAUUUGUGACAAAAUUGCAUCAAGUGAUCUUGAAGAAAAAGUUGUAAUACCAGUUUUCCAUCCAAUCUGUGUACACAUGUAGAUUAGAGAUUUCUAUACUUUAUGUAUCAGGGGAAUUUUAUUAGCAUUUUUUUUUAUAAAUAAUUUUCAGUAAAAGUUAAAAAUUUGAGAGGAAAUAAUAAUCUUAAUUCAGAUUUUCAUCAAAUUAAAUUCCAGAUUAAGAAAAGGAUGAAAAAGUGAGUAAAAGUUUCAAGGUUAUAGAUUUGAAGGUAUACAAGACCUUAAGUAAAGGGUUGAAAAGGUGCUUCCUUGACCAUAUGCAAAGGGGAUUUUUAUUUAACCCUUUAUUUUUUGUGUCUGUUGCGUGGAGGGUCGACUCGCUUCCCAUCAACUCCUCGCUCUCGAGUGUGGUGCGACUGGUGUUGUAUAUCAAAGAAUGAAGGUUUUGGCUUUAUGCAGAUCCGAAAAAAGAGAGAACCGAUUUCUAUUCGGUCUCCAUCUACCCCGCCGUUCAUGCACUUUCACCCACAUGCAAAUACUAAACGAAUUAAUAAAUGCUGUAUGCAGAAAUACCAUGAAUUUCAUUUCAUUUUCAAUCCUUGACACUCCAAAAGUAUUGACUCUCUCUCGCACUACUCUCGCCAUAUAGCCAAGCUUACUCUCUCUCUCUCUUAUAAUAGAAUGUGCCCAAAGGGUUUUUUAGGAGAUAUACACACCUUUAAUCUUUUUAAGAAGCAAGAUUCUUGAUUCCUCUCCUCUCCAAGGCCAACCACACCAUUUAUACACCUUUCAUCCUCCGCUCCUUCUUCUUCGUCGUCGUCGUCGUCGUCUUAUUCUUCUUGCAGCUUAUUACACCACACACACUUCAGACAUCGCACUCACUGCAUCCCAUACCGGUCAGCAUUUUAAAGAAGCAUCUUUUUUCAUCACAUUUCCCAAACGUUUUCCCAGAAUCCUGUAACCAAUUCCACGAAAUUUUUCAGAGAGUGACUCAAGCAGUCGUCACCCGCUCCUCCAAGUCUCUCUUGGCUGGUAAUUAUACAUUUUUUUGUAUUAUUGGAAACGGAAGUAGACGGAGGCGAGGAAGGAGAGAGAGAGGGAGCGAAGGGAGCGGAGGAAUAUGUAAAAAAUCGAGAGGUGGAAAUAAAAGAGGGUUGGCAAAGUGGUGAGAUUGGCCAUGAGGGUUCGGAAGUAGGAGGGAUGAAUAAAAUUCUUUUAACUUCGGGCAACAAAAAUGCGCUGGUUGUGUUUGGUGGUUGUUGGCUUCGUUCGGUUCGCAUUUUACAUUUGCUGCUUUGGAGUUGAGAACGAUCUUGCUCGCUCUCCGUCACAGUUCAACUUCUUGUAAAAUGUGGUAAGUCGAGCGAGUGAGUGAGUGAGAGAGUUGAGAAUUAUUGCUCUUCUUCUUCUUCCACUUGUGUGUGUGGGCAUCAAGCAGAAAAGGACUUUCAGACGGGUGCAUCUGCGAAGAAAAUCGAUCCGAAAAUGGGGGCAGUGGGGGUUUCAGACCAUUUUAACAACAAAAUUUGGUAGCUUACAGGGAAAUUUAUGUUUGGUAUGUGCCAAUUUUUGGAAAGUUUUUUCCUUCGAGGAGGAGGACGAUGGGGGGAAGGUGGGGCUGCUGAUUAAUUGUUGUAAUAGUAAAACUGUAGUAUUGAUUGUGGGUGGGUGAAAUUUAUGCUUUAAAAAUGCUCCAUUUAACAAGAUGCUAAAACAAUUAAUUGAGUGAAAGUUUAAUUCUGUUACGAGAAAAUAGCGACUAAUGUGACUUGAUUAAACUUUAAAAAGUGUGUAAUAAAUGAUAUAUUUCUUUACGUGUGAAAUGGUGGACAUAAAUUAUUUGAACUAAUGAGAAAAGUUUAAUAUAAAGAAUUGAGUGCGAAUUUAUAGAAUGUAUAUUUGUUUUUACUUUUUAACAAUGGUGAAAUUUUGAAUAUUAGUGAUUUGCACAAUUAAUGAACAUUAUAAAAUAACAAAGUCAACGCAUAAAGUACACCGAUUGAAACAUUUUAAAAUAUAAAAAGAAAGUGCAAACACAAUUAAAUCGCUCCCUUCACCACUCCGUUGGCAGCAAAUGAAGAAAUCAAAAAAGGAUGCUUUUUAAAGGGAAAAGCAAUAAUAAAUCAAUAAAAUAAAAUAAAAUUUCUCAUUUAAAACGGUUAAACUCCAGAAAAGUGUGAGAAUAAAAGGCAUGUUAAAUUCCAGAUGAGAAAUUGAGCAGAUCGAAAUUGCAUUAGUUGCAGUUACACAUCUUCCACCACCACCGCCUCUUCGUACAUACAUACAUCUAAAUGUGUUGCAUUGUCUUAAGAAAAAUAUAUAUAAAUAAAAAAUAAGGGAGCAGUUCCGAUGGCCACCUGUUCCUCAACCCUUUUUCAUCUUCUUCAUCCACUAUCUAAAAAAGGCUCCGUCUGCCCUCCAACACGAGAAGAGAAAGAAAAAGAUGAUGGUGAUCUAACAAUUGGAUGCAAGAUGAUCAAGCGAAUUAUGUUACACGAUAUGGAUGUGGUGGUUGCUGGUCGUCGUCGUUCUUCUACUUCUUCAACCCACUACUAACGAGUUCAAGGAGGUAGCAGCCGCAGCCGAAGCGCAAGAUGUCAUAUCUAUUUUUGGUAUAAAGCAGGAGCGAGGUAUUGAAGUUCCUACGUAGAAAGAAAUUUUCUUUUGAAAAUUUAUUUACAAAAAAAAGUUGUAGGAACUUCAUACCGAGCUUCGAAAUAUACCAUAAUUUGCUGCGUGGGAUAUAAAUCACCACCGCAACCAGACGAUGGAGAUAUAUGGAUGAUAUUCAGACGGUGGAAGCAGCAGAGACCGCAGGGGGUGCAACCAGUAUUUCAUUAAAAAAUAAAUAUUUAUAUAAAUUUCAAUCUUUCCCAUUGCAGAUUGCGAUGACGACCCGUAAUCCGUUCUCCUCAUCCGAUUUACUACUGAAUUUGGAAUUUAUCAAUUUAAAUCGGAGAUUCUGGAGCAUCGCACAUUUUUGAGAGGAUCCCGAAUGAUUGGAAAUAAAUAAUAGAAAAGGAAUCAUUGGACCCCAUGCAACGAUGUUCUUCAUUCAUUCUCUUUGACGAUGGCAAAUAUUAUUUAGUAAAAAAGUUGUGAUCCAUUCUCCCCCGUUGACAUCUACUUUUUUCCUCCUAGUUUUAUUCCCCACUCGCGCUGUCUGUUUUUUUAUUAGAAUUUUUGUUUAGUGACUGAUGUUUUGUUAAUAUGGUUGGAUGCGUUGUAAAGAUUCUUGAGAGGAAAGAAGCCAAGUUUGAUGACAGUUUGAAGUGGAUGCAGGGACAGUUUUUUAAAGGGCGAAAUAACCAGUUAUUUAUUGACGAUGCGUUUGUGUAAAAAUAUGUGUUUAAAUAAUCAGAUGAGCUUUAAUAUUUUAAACCUAAUUUUAACAAAUUCCUAUAAAGAGGUAUGAAUUAGUUAAAUUAAUGAGAAUUGCUCCCUUUGAAAACUUUGCCCAUUUAAUUUAGAGAGAGAAAAAAUCUAGAAAUAAAAACUAAAUAAAAACGUCAAAGAUCAAAUUACAUCAACUUUUUCUCUUGCCCAACAAUGGGACAAUUACCCACUUUUCUACUCAGACAGAAGACAUCCAGCCAGAAGAGAACCCCACCAAACCAACUCUAAGCCCAUCAACGGAACUUUUUGUAAAUCCAACCAAAUUCGUGCCUCUCACUAAAGACUUGAGUUCAAGGCAUUGUUCAAGUCUGAAUAGUUUUUUAUACCACUUUUCCCAGUCCUCCCGACGGUGGUGGUGGUGGUUCCUCGAUGAUGAUGAUCUCUAUUGUUAAAGGGAAGAUGCGUAUUGCCAUACAAAUUGUAUAAAAUUCAUAAUUUUUAGUUAUUUAAUUUUUCAUUUUAAUUUAUCAUUUUUUUCAUGUGUUAAAUGAAGAAUUUUAUUUCUGAGGUGUAAAUAAAACUCCAUCUCUCGCUUUUACCCGAUAUUUCUCUUGUUUGGUUUAUGAAAAAGUUUUAAAUUUACUCCAACUCCGGGCACUGGGCACCGGGUAAAACUUUUCUUUCCACCGCCUCCACCACCACCACCACUACAGCACCGAGAAAGAGAGGACACGAGUAAAUGAGAUGUGUAAAAGUGUAUGCAGUCCUUAAUGAUCCAUGGAUUUAGUAUCGUUUCGUUUUUGCAUGGCUUGGACAAAUCAACAAUCUAGAACGACUGCCUCUACACCCCCACAGCAUCGAGUAAUAAUAAAAACUUAGUCAUUUUUUGGACUGAAAUCAAGGAAAUUCCCAAAUGCAGUGCAGAUGAAAACAUCUCCAAAAUUCAAAUGAUGAUGAUGAUGGGUUAAGUUGGAAGGAGAGAGAGAGAGAAAUAUUUAAAAAUAGACACAGACGACGACGACGACGACUUCUUACUCGUUCACUCAGGCUGCGUUCACUCUUCUUCUUAUUUUACUUAAGUUCAGUAAUUCUCUUCAUCUCUUUGUGUUAAGCAUAUCAUUUUAAGAGAACGACAAUAAAUAAUUCAACGCCAUUUUUAUUUUGUAAUUUUAUUAAUUUCGUCCGUGUUUGUGUUAUGGGUUGAUUUGUGAAAUAGUUUUAGUCAACAAUACGAAACAAUAUGAAGUCCAACAGUGACAAUAACGUGAAUAUCACCACCCAGCAGCAACAGCAAGUGGUGCAACAACAACAACAGCAAACCGUUUAUACGCGACAACACCAACAAUCAUCACAGUCUUUUCAACAAAGGACUGGAAUCGUUCAACAGCAACAUCACCACCAACAACAGCAGCAGCAGCAGCAACAACAUGGCACCACGACGGUCAUACGCCAUCAGCAGCAGCAGCAGCAGUCUCAACAGCAUCAACAAUAUAGUAAUAAUCAACCACGAUUUGGUCAACCGGUGUACAGCAACCAACAACAACUGUAUGGUCAACAACCGGUGGUGCCAGUGGUGGGUGGUAUUGCCGCAGCCCCGCCAAUCCUUAUGCAACAACCCGGCGGUGGUGGUGGACAAGUUCUCGUUCAGAACAUUAGUCAAUAUCCACCAAGUCCGCCAAUUUUUAUUGAAAUUUUCAAAAACUCGAGAUUCGCAUUGGGCGAUAAUGCCAUGUUUGAAGGAAGGAUUAGCGGGUGGCCAAGGCCGACGUUGACUUGGUUAAGAAAAAAUCAACCCUUGCCGUCCAGCUCCAAACACGCACUUCGCUACGAUGAUGUCAGUGGCAAAAUUUAUUUGCAAAUCAAUAAAUUAGGACCAGGAGAUGAGGGUGACUACGUAUGUGUCGCUCGAAAUCAAUUUGGAGAGGCAAUUUGCACAGUCACCAUCCAACCUGAGAUGCUGACGGCAAAACCUGGGGCUGCUCCAAUGAGCCCCACGUAUCAAGUUGGGUCGUCUCAACCUCAACAAAUCAUGUAUCCCAAUUCGAUGUUUAAAGUUGAUGCAUUUGAGCAUCGGCUUUUGCGAGAAAUUGAGUACAGACAAAAUUUGACAAGAAAGUAUCAAGAUGAUCCCGAUGUCUAUGUAAUUUCACCACCAAACACGGCCCCAGGACAGCCAAGGAUACUGCAAAAACCCAAAGAUUCCAAAAUUAAUGUGGGAUCAACGGCUACAUUUUUCGUUAAAGUGGAGGGAGUCAAUACCAAAGUCGUGUGGUUUAGGGACGGACAACGGCUUCGUGCAGACCAUCGUCUCCAUGUCACAACUCCAGACAUUAACACUGUUGCCAUUACAAUUGAAAAUAUUCAAUCGGAUGAAGCAGGGCACUAUACUGCAUUUUUUGAAAAUCCGUGGGGUUGUGCCUGCGCUAGUGCACAACUGGAUGUUGCUAAAGUCAAGCAGCAGCAGGUUCAACAGGUCCAACAGCAACAGCAACAGCAAACGAUGCUAAUCCACCAGUCGACAUCGGUUUACAAGUCUGAAGAAACGACGACAGCGUCGGAGAAAGCACUUGCCCCAACAUUCACACGCCUCCCAAUUCACACACAGAAUCAAACGAUUGACGUUGAGGAAGGGAAAUUGCUUCGUCUGGAUUGCAGAGUCAACGGACGACCCGCACCCGAAGUCAAUUGGUUCCUUAAUGAUCAACUCUUCAUCGAUGACGCUACUCAUAAAAUUCUCAUCAAUGAGCAAGGAUCUCAUUCAUUAAUGAUUACGAACGUUAGCAGGAUGGAUCAAGGCUCCAUCGUAUGCGUCGCAACGAAUAAAUCUGGUCAAGUGCGAUUCGCAUUGAAUUUACGUGUUAUUGAAAAGGAGCAAAUUGUCGCACCCAAAUUUGUCGAAAGAUUCAGCACCGUGAGUGUCAAAGAAGGGGAAACGGUCGUGUUAAGCGCAAGAGCUGUGGGAAAUCCAAUCCCCAAUAUUUCUUGGCAGAGGGAUGGCGUACCGUUAAUUCCUGAUUCCAAUGUUACGAUAACUUCACGCGAAGGAGCCUCAACUUUGGAAAUUCGUUCUGCCAAUCUGAACCACAGUGGUUGGUAUCAGUCAUUGGCACAAAAUUCUGCGGGUUCAACUGCAACACGGGCUCGUCUCUUUGUUGAGAAAGCAAAGGAGGAAGUAAAGGAAGCUCCGUGGAGGCUGAAUCUACCGAAACCAAUCAAAGUCAUAGAACCCGAGAAAUCUCCAAGUCCUGAAGUGAUUUAUCUUCGUCACAUUGAACUGCAAAAACAGCAAAGGAUUCAACAAAUGGAAAUUGAACGCAGUUAUGACCCACCCGUUUUUCUGAUUCCGUUAAGAGACCAAAUUUCACAAUAUGAAGGAACUAGGGCCCAUUUCGAAGCGAAAAUCCACCCCGUCGGUGAUCCCACGUUGCAAAUUCAAUUUUACAAGGACGGCGUGGCACUACCUGCGACGUCUCGUGCCAAUAUCACUUAUCGAUUUGGUUUCAUUGCUUUGGAUCUGCUUGGACUUAUCGACAGUGACAGUGGGUGCUACACUUGUGUGGUCACUUCCGCCACCGGAAGUGCGGAAUCAAGUGCCAUACUCAGCGUCAUGGCUCGUGAAACAAUAACUCAGACGAUGGACUCGACAUUCCAACAAUUGGAAUCGCAACGAUAUCUCAAUAAAACCAUUGAACAUGUCGAGCCGACAUAUCCACCACCAAAAUUUUCUCGCUUUCUCAAGCAGACGAUCACCGAGAAAGAGGGGCGUUCCGUUCAUUUGGAAGCGCAGUUACAGGAGCCGAUUUCUGAUCCUAACUUAAGGAUUAUUUGGGAAAGAAAUGGACAGAGCAUCACCGCCAGCUCGAGAAUUACCACCAUUUCAAAUUUUGGCUACCAAAGUCUGAACAUUAUGCACUUGCGUUUGGACGAUGCUGGAUUGUACACAAUUCGUGCCGUGAAUCGAAACGGUGAAACAACGAGUCAAACAAAUUUGAUUGUUGAGGCAGUAUCGCAAAAGACUGAAGGAUUCUCAAAUUAUCAAGCGAUUGAAGAACUGGAAGCUUACAAAAGCAUUUCCAAUUUCAAUUCCGAAACUUUGGAAACUUUUUCCGCUCCGAUUUUCAAGUCCCAUUUACAGGACCAACUGAAUAUCCGAGAGGGCGGAUUCGCUCACUUUGAGGCAAGAUUGGAGCCCAUUGGUGACGACUCGCUAACCGUCAGUUGGUUUAAGGAUGGGAAAAUGAUCGAAGCGUCAUCUCGGAUAUCACAAUUUUUCAACUUUGGCUACGUUGCCCUCACAAUAAAGCAACUCACGAAAUUCGACGCCGGCACUUACACCGUCGUUGCGACGAAUAAAAAAGGUCAAGCGAAAUCCAGCAGCUCCUUGACGAUCCAAUUGAGACAAGAGAGCAUUGUGACGGAGACGAGUCACGAGGAAAGCUUAGCCAAAAUCCAGAGCUUGGAAAUGAGGAGCAGCAGCGCAGUGUCGCAGGCAAUGAUGGACCAGGAGAAAGUUAUGCCGGCUCCUAGGUUUUUGGGGCCAAUGAAAUGUACCAAUAAAAUUAAAGAGGGCCAGCGUGCCCACUUUGAAACCAGGUUGGAGCCACAAAGUGACAGCACCAUGAAAAUCACGUGGUUGUUAAAUAAUCAACCAAUCCAACCUGCAAAUCGUAUCUCCAUGCAUCACGACUUCGGCUAUGUUGCCCUGGACAUAAAUAAGGUGAGGAUGGAGGACACUGGGAUCUACACCUGCAUCGCCACCAAUCAAAUGGGUCAAGCACAAAUUAUGGGACAAAUGGAAGUCUUGGAAGUCCUGCAGGAAUACACGGAAACGGAACAAAGGAUUAUUAGCAAAGCGGCGCACGAUGUGGAAACCAUUUACCAAGAUCAGUAUCAUAAAUCCAAACCUGUGUUUUUACACGGUCUCAGCCAAGACGUGACCGUUUUAGAGGGAAAGAAUCUCCAUUUAGAGGCGAGAUUAGAGCAUGGGUGUCACGAUGUCCAGUGGUUCUUUAAUCAGAAACCAAUUACAAUCGGAUCCAGAUUCAGAACGUUUAAUGAUCAGUUUGGCUACAUCUCCCUCGACAUCAGUCAAAUGACGAGCCAAGAUUCUGGACAGUACACUGUCGUUGCCUCGAAUAAACUAGGCCAAGCACAGUCCUCGUCUCGCGUGAGAGUGGAAGUCGUGCGUCAAGAAUCGUAUGAAAUGUCACAGGAAUUUGAAAUGCUCGAGUCACGUGGGCAACAUUCUCGACUUGAAGAAGUUGAAGAUUUACAACCAAAAACGAAACCAAUUUUUAUGAAACCGUUGAAAAAUCACCAAACUAUUGAAUUAGCAAAUGUGCACUUUGAAACAAGGAUCCAACCCAUUAACGAUCCCACCAUGAAAAUUAGCUGGACUUGCAAUGGGCAACCGAUCCCGGUUGGACAUAAAUUCCGUCCCGCAUUUGAGUUUGACUAUGUCGCAUUGGACUUGUUGACCGUUUACGUUCGAGACAGUGGGGUUUACACGGUGACUGCUACGAAUUCCAUGGGAUCCGAGUCGUGCUCAUGCACUUUGAAAGUGAUCAGUCGUGGUGAGGCUGAGAUGGAUGGAGGGUAUUCUGGGCAGGGUUUGGAACAAUUGCAGUAUUUGGAAGACUCGACCAUGAGACAUCAAAAGAGGACGGAGCUCAUCACGGAAGAAUUAAUCAAACCGAGAUUCCUGACCCGACCCAAGGAUUUGAAUCUCAAAGAGCAAAUGAGGGCGCAUUUCGAGUGUAAAUUGGAGCCCAUCAAUGAUCCGAACCUUAUCGUCGAGUGGUGGAAAGAUGGCCGCCCAUUGCAAGCAGGAUCGAGAUGGAAACCUAUAUUCGAUUUUGGCUACGUUGGGUUGGACAUUUUGCACCUGGUUUCGGAAGACUCUGGCGUUUAUGUAUGCCGAGCAACGAACGCCAAAGGAUCUGAUGAGGUCCAAGUUCGACUAAACGUGAGCAGUUCCAAGAGCGUUAUCCAAACGAGUCAAGUAAACGUGGAGAAAUUGCAAUACAUUGAAGACAAAUCCAACAAGAAAUUCAAGUAUGACCAAGAAAUCGUGUCGCAAGCCCCUGUUUUCACCACGAGCCUCACAAAUGUAGAAAUCAAAGAGGGACAGCGUGCUCAUUUCGAGUCGAGGAUAAUCCCUGUGUCGGAUGAGCUGCUAACCAUUCAAUGGUUCCACGAAGGCAAACCCGUCCUAAUUGGAUCCCGAAUAAAUGAAAUCAAUUCAUUCGGAUUUGUGGCACUCGAUAUUUUGCAAGCGACGGCAGAGGACGCAGGCACGUAUUCAGUCGUGGCACGCAAUGCAUUGGGCGAAGCCGUGACGAGUGCAAAUCUUCAAGUGCACCCAAGAAGAUCCAUAAUUUCAGAUUCAAUUUGUCAAUCUUCGAUGCAAAAUUUACAGUAUUUGGAAUCUAAACAACAACAAAAGGCGCAAUAUGUGGAUGAAAUGGUCCAACAGGCGCCAAUGUUCACAGUCCCCGUUCGAGAUGUUCGGACACAAGAGACGAGGAAUGUGCACUUUGAAGCGAGAUUAAUUCCUGUCGGUGAUAGCAACUUGACGACCACGUGGUACAAAAAUGACGUGGAGUUGGAAGCGUCCAACAGAAUUUCCACGAUGCACGACUUUGGCUUUGUAAGCUUGGACAUAAAAUAUGUCAAUUUGCAAGAUGAAGGAACCUACACGUGUCGAGCCGUGAAUCAUUUUGGUCAGGCCGUGACGAGUGCGAAGCUGAUAAUCGGACGGGAGCAGAUUGAGCAAAUCGGGAAUCAAGAGCAGCUCGAGAAGCUUCGUUACCUUGACGAUUUGUCGCGUUAUGACCGAUCAAAGAAAAUUGAAGAAAUACGAACAGAAAUGCCACCAAGAUUUGUUACCGAGUUAAACGGGAGGAAAGAUCACAAUGAACUGGCUAGCUGUCACAUGGAAGGAAGGAUUGAACCGUAUCCUGACGACACCAUGGUCGUCACGUGGUGGAAAGAUCAGAAACCGUUGACGAUGGGUUCUCGCUUUAAGACUCUCUACGAUUUUGGUUUUGCGGCGCUUGACGUAAUGCAGCUAGUUAAAGAAGACAGUGGGGUGUAUGUCUGCCAUGCGAAGAAUCAGUGGGGCGAAGCUCAAAGUACCAUGGAAAUCAACAUCCAUCCUCAAGGCUAUCCCGUGAUAACGGACACCCAACACGUCGACGCCUUGGAGAAAAUUCAUAACUUGGAGGCCAAAAAAUUAUCAAAAAGAGAGGAAUUUCAACCAGCAAUUUCAGAGAAACCCAAUUUUAUAAGACCGUUAAGAAAUGCUCAAGUGGGCGAAGGCCAACCUGUUCAUUUGGAAGCCACCCUCGUCCCUGCAAAUGACCCCUCAAUGGUCGUUCAAUGGCUUCGACAAGAUGGGAAACCGAUCCCACAAGGACAUCGCUUUAAAACUACUUGUGAUUUUGGAUACGUCGCGUUGGAUUUGUUGUACGCUUUCCCGGAGGACAAUGGGACAUAUAUUUGCAAAGCCAAAAACCUGAAUGGCGAGGCCGUGACGACGUGCAGUGUAAACGUUGAAGGAAAGAAAGGUCUUUUAUUGGACACGUUGGAUGAACAACGACUCCAAAAAAUCAAAGCUCUAGAAAAUUAUGAGCAACCGAUGAAGGUUGAAGCGGAUCUCGCACCUGAAAAACCCGUCUUUCUCACACCGCUAAAUAAUUUGGAAAAAUUAAAAGAAGGGGAUCAUGUCCAUUUGGAGACGCGACUUACGCCCGUGAACGAUCCAAAUCUGGUCGUGAGUUGGUUUCACAAUGGAGUUAAAUUGAAAACUGGACAUCGUUUUAAGACGACCCACGAUUUUGGAUACGUCGCCUUGGAUAUUUUAUACGCGUAUGCAUCCGAUAGUGGAACAUAUGUCGCACAAGCUAAAAAUUUAGCAGGAGAAGCCACCAACACCUGCAACAUUGCCUGUCAAGAUAACCAACAAAUUUAUUAUGAAAGCCAACACCCGGAAGCAUUGGCUAAAAUUCAUGCUUUGGAAGCGUUGGAUAGGCAACCACGCCCCGAAGAAGCUCAACUUCCUGCCCAGCCACCAAUGUUCAUGACACCACUCGUGGGAAAAACUGAAAUUCCUGAAAAUACCCGAGCCCACUUCGAAUGCAGGGUCGAACCUAGCAGAGACCCUAAAAUGCAAAUUUCUUGGUGGAAAGACGGAAAACAAUUGCCUUUUGCUAACCGAUUUCACACUACUUUCGAUUUCGGCUACAUCGCGUUGGACAUUGGUCAGGCGAGUAUUGACGACGAAGGAACAUAUCGCGUCGUUGCCAAGAAUGAUUAUGGGGAAGCAGAGAGUGAAAUAGAUUUGAAAGUGCUUGGUCAAGGUUCCACCGUGGUUACGGAUAGCAUGAAACCCUUGGAAAAAUUCCAUGAUUUAGAAAAUAAGCCACAAGAGGCGAGGAUGGAUUCCGUUCCCACGUUCCAAAGACCCGUUUUCACAGUCCCAUUAAACAGUAUCGACAAUAUUAAAGAAUCUCAAACCGCUCAUUUCGAGGCGAGAUUAAUCCCCGUUAACGAUCCAAAUUUAACGGUGACUUUUUAUCGCAAUGAAAUUCCCGUUGAAAAUUCCUCAAGAAUUAAAAAGACGCAUGACUUUGGUUUCGUUGCCUUGGAUAUUCAAAGUGUUCGAGACUCAGAUGUUGGAACAUAUACAGCGAAAGCGAAGAAUUUAAUUGGUGAAGAUGUCACGAUGGGACACUUGCAAAUUGUUUCAACGGGUGUAAUUGACACCCAAUCUCAACAUCCAGAAGGAUUGAAGAAAAUUCAGCAAUUGGAACAACCACCAUCCGCACCCACGGAACUUCCUGAUAAAGCAUUCGAUAAACCAGUGUUUGUAAGCACGCUCACUGGUCCAGACGAACUGUACGAGGGUGAACAUGCUCACCUCGAAUGCAAAGUUAUCCCAGUUGGGGACCCCACCUUAACUUACGAGUGGUAUUUAAACGGAAUAGAACUCAAAAUGGGAAGUAGAUUCCAGAGCAGAACAGAUUUCGGCGUUGUUACGCUUGACAUCAAAUCAGUUAUUCCUGAAGAUGCAGGGAUUUAUCAGAUAAAAGUGAGAAAUAAAGCAGGCGAAGCCAUCAACAGUCACACAAUGAAGGUGAUAGCAAAGUCCAACAUUCAAGGAGACAGUGUUCAACCCAGCAGUUGGGGACGAAUUCAAGAAUUUGAAAACAGACCAGCCGAACCACCACAAUUUUUAGACAAGUUGCCAAAACAACCACCAGUUUGGACCAGAAACAUUGAAUCCGUUGUCGUCGCUGAAAAUAAAACUUUCCAUUUAGAAGGAUUCGUCGAACCGCGUGGGGACCCGACACUUGGCGUUACCUGGUUUAAAAAUGGAGUCGUUUUACAAAUGGGAACCCGGUGUAAAAGCACGUUUGAUUUUGGACUUGCCACUUUGGACAUCACCGGAGCGAGAGAAAGUGACAAUGGAGUUUACACUUGUGUGGCUAAAAAUAACUGGGGAGACGCGACCACGACUUGCACGGUGAAAGUUGAAUCUAAGCAUUGGCUACAAAGUGAUUCUUUUAGACCGGAUGCUAUUCCGAAAAUACACGAAUUGGAAGCACCACCUGCACCACCAAUGCCCGCUCCGGAUGCUGAAUAUGGUCCUCCCGUCUUUACCACGCAUUUAAAUAACAUUGAAGUCGAUGAAGGAGAAAGCAGUUUGUUUGAAUGUCAAGUGGACACCACAUUUUGGAAGACAUGUGAUAAAUUGGAAGUCGUUUGGUAUCAAAAUAACAAAUUGGCCACACAUCACACCAGAACUCAUCCAAAGAAUGAAUUUGGAAAAAUUGAACUUGCCUUCGAUUCUACAUUUUUAUGCGAUGAGGGCGUGUGGAUUGUGAAAGCCACGAACUCAAAAGGAACAGCACAAACGACGGGGACGUUGAAGGUGCGAACCAAAAAAGGAUUCGAUACAGACACACUACACCCGAAAGGCAAAGAAGGAUUGGAUAAAGUUGCUCAAGUGGAAGCGGAAGUGGAAGCAAAAUCGCGCAAGGGGCCGAUCGAGGAUGUCAUACGACCACCAAUAAAGCCAUGGUUUGAGCCCCCAUUGGAACCAGAAUUCCGUUACAAUGCAAAAGAUGCCAUGAAUUUGCCAUGUCGUGUUGAACCGAAAGAAGAUCCAGAUUUACAAAUCGAGUGGAUAAAGAAUGGAUUGCCCUUGGACACGGGGACUCGAUUCAAGUCCACAUUUGACUUUGGCUUUGUGAAUUUGUGUCUGGAGGAUGUGCAGUGUCAACGAGACGAAGGAAAUUAUACGGUUCGAGCAUGGAAUAAGCAUGGAGAAGCUUUUACCUCCUGCGUCGUCUACGUCGAAGAUAAAGGAAAAGACAUCAUUUACGAUACGCAGCAUCCCAAAGGACCGGAAGGGUUGGAUAAAAUUGCACAACUUGAAGCUGCCAGAGCUGAAGCUAAUAAAAAACCUGGAGAAAAAGAAUUAACUGGAAUUCCACCCAAAUUUACGACACCGUUUGAAAAUCUACGGAAUUUAACCGAGGGUGAUUUAGCCCACUUCGAGGCUCAGCUAAUUCCGCUUAAUGACGAAACGAUGCGUGUGGAGUGGUUUCAGGAUGGAAAACCAUUGGACGCAUCCUCCCGAAUUCGUUGCAUUUAUGUAUUCGGAAUGGUUGUAAUGGAAAUUGUUGGAGUGAACUUAAGUGACACGUCUAAAUUUACAUGUCGUGCUACGAAUGCUUGGGGAAUGGAUGAAAUUUCCUGUGAUUUAGAAUGCGUUUCUGAGAAAGAUCGAGUUGUUAAACCUAAAUUUACAAGGCAUUUGAAAGACUUGGAAGUCCCAGAAUCUACUUCGGCACAUUUCGAGGCUACGCUAAUUCCUGUCGGGGAUCCGGAUAUGCGCGUUGUUUGGUAUAAGGAUAAUGUACCGCUUGAACCUGCAGCUCGUAUAAAAACCACCUACGAUUUUGGCUACUGUGUGCUUGAUAUCAAUGGAGUGACAGAGGACGACGAAGGGGAAUACGAGUGCAGGGCUCGGAAUAAGCACGGAUCUGAUUUGACAAAAGCCGUAUUAAAGUUGAUCGCAGGCCGUCGUGGGGUUCAAGGGGAACCAAUUGAUCCAGACGCAUAUGCAAGAAUUUUGGAAUUAGAAGCGUUUGGACGACAGAAGCCGGAAGUUAGCACGAUUAUCAAAUUGCAACCACCAAAGUUCACGAUUCCAUUCGAAAAUGUAACACUAGCCGAGGGCCAAAGUGCGCAUUUUGAGGGACGAUUAAUCCCCGUUGAUGAUCCAGAUCUUAAGGUGACAUGGUGGAAAGAUGGUGUCCAAUUAAGAAAUGGACACAAAUUCAGAAUUUUCCAUGAUUUUGGAAUUGUAAUAUUGGACGUUUUGUGGUGUUAUGAAGAAGACAGUGGCGUCUACGAAUGUAAAGCAGAGAACAAAUUAGGAAAAGAUCAAACAAGCGCUAUUCUAAAAUGUAGUCCUAAACCAAGUUUGAUUUUCGACCCACAAAUUCCAAAGAGCAUGAUGUCAGUUCUGGAUAAGAUUCCAUAUCUCGAGGACAAAUCUAAACCUCUAAAACCGGAACAGAUGCGAAAAACCCAAGCUCCCGUGUUCACCGUUCCACUCGAAGAUGUUCAAUUAAGAGAAGGAGAAAGUGCGCAUUUUGAAACUAAAUUAUUGCCCUUAGACGACCCAAAACUGAAGUUAGAAUGGAUGAAAGAUGGAGUUCCACUGAGAGCUGGGUCCAGAUUUAAAACUUUCCAUGAUUUUGGUUUUGUGAUAUUGGAGAUCAAUUCGUUGUAUGAGAAUGACACUGGAGUGUACACUUGUCGCGCAUGGAAUGAUCACGGAGAAGCCACAAUUAGCUGUAACCUAACUUGUGCAGGGAAACGGAAUCUUAUUUUGGAUUCACAAUUGAACAGACUUGGAUUGGAUUAUGAUAAAAUUGCUAAAUUGGAAGGAUUAGGAAAUGUGGACAGCAGUCGAUCUACUCAAGACGAAGAUGAGGAUGGAAAACCACCAGAACUUACACAACUGUCAGAUAUUGAAAUACAGGAGGGUGGCCUGGCCCAUUUUGAAGUUAGACUGCUUAAUAAAAGCUCGAAAAUACGCAUCGAAUGGUUCCACAACGGAAGGGCAAUUAAUCAUGGAUCGAGAGUGAAGACGAUAAAUGAUUUCGGUUUUGUAAUUUUGGAAAUUGGGCAAGUGCUGGGCCGCGAUGGUGGGACGUAUCUUUGUCGCGCCACCAACGCCCAUGGAACAGCUACAACUGAAGCUAAUUUAACGGUGAAAGGAGGACGACCACAAAUAAUCACUGAACCACAAUUACCAUCCCAGUUUAAAACUGGGACGGAAUCAUUGCAAAAAUUGGAGGAAGCAUUGUGGCAAAAGAAACCUGGUGCGCCAUCAUCAGAAGAACAAGAACCACAACCUCCAGUGUUUACCAAGGAACUGGACGACAUCGAAAUCGUCGAGGGCCAGCCUGCCCACUUUGAUUGCAGAGUUGAGCCUGCUCAUGAUAGCUCCAUGAGAAUUGAAUGGUAUUUCAACGGGAAACCAUUUUCAUUCGGAUCCAGGAGUCAUACCAGCGAUGAUUUCGGAUUCAUCUCCUUGGAUCUUGAUUGGACAUUUGCUCGAGAUUCUGGCAACUACAUUUGCAGAGCGGUGAAUGCUUGGGGUUUUGCCACCACACGAGCAACAUUAGUAUGCAAAGGAAGGCAGGGAAUAAUAAGAGAAAGCCAACUUCCACGUGGUUCAGCCAUGGAUGCUGAAAAACUGAACCAGUUGGAACGCGGACCAAUAAGAGAUGAUCAUUCCAUUCCUGAUGCUCCAACUGGACCACCAGUAUUUGUGGAAAAAUUAUCCAGUGUCGGCGUUUCAGAGGGUGAAAGUAUCCACCUGGAGGCCCGGGUUGAACCAAAAUCUGACAGCAACAUGGAAAUUAUUUGGCUUCACAAUGGAAAAACUCUCAAAUCUGGAUCAAGAUUUAAGCAUGUUUAUGAUUUUGGCUACGUUUCCCUCCAAAUUCUGUACACUUACGAGGAGGACAGCGGAGAGUACACGUGCAUUGCAAGAAAUAAAUUAGGAGAAGAUAAAACGGUAGCAACCGUGCAGUGCAAGAGCCAACCCUCCAUCGUUCUGCAAAACCAAAUGCCCAAGGGAAUGAAACGCUCCGAAGCGUUGGUACAAAUGGAAGCCGCCAUCAAACAGCAUACUUCUCAAGUCCUGUUAACAGAGGACGAUAUUUAUGACGCGGAUAAAAAACAACCACCGAGAUUCGUCACUCAAAUUCAAAGCCAGACUGAGUUAACGGAAAUGCAAGAGACUAAAUUCGAAUGCCAAUUGGCUCCCGUCGGAUGUCCAACUAUGAAAGUGGAAUGGUUUUUCAAUGGAAAACCACUCUCAAAUAAAAACCGACUGCAACCAAUUUAUGACAGUGGAUUAGUCUUGAUGAAUUUCCAAUGGGUUUAUCCUGAAGACAGCGGUGAAUACGUGUGCAGAGCAACCAAUUUGUAUGGGACGGAUGAAACCCGUGCAGUCAUUAAGACGACGGGGAAACCAAACAUUAUUUACGAGUCACAAUUACCAAAAGGAAUGCAAUCUAUUGACAAAAUUAGACAAAUGGAAUCUGCAUGGAUUAAAGGAAAGCAAACCGUGGAGGAACUGGAAAGGAAACGAGAAGCACCCAUUUUUGUUACAAAACCAAACCCUGUAGAAGUUUGGGAAGGAGAAUGGUCCAAAUUUUGCAUUAGAGUGACUGGCUAUCCUCGGCCACGCGUAUUAUGGAUCGUUAACGGAAAAACGGUCAUGAAUGGAUCCCGUUACAAAUUAACGUACGAUGGAAUGUGGCACUUGGAUAUCCCAAAAACUCGUCUUUAUGAUCACGGGAAAGUGGAAGUGAUUGCUAAAAAUUCUGCAGGGGAAGCAUAUGCAUCGACUGAGUUGGUAGUCAAAAAUAGACACGAUGACUACAGAGCACUCUUAAAAACAUCACCACGACGUAACAUCCGCCAUCUCGAAUUUGAUGAAAUACCAGAAUUUAUGGAAAAGAAAAAAGAGAAAAAAUCAUCCCUCAAAAAGAAAGUUGUAACAAAGACAACUCAAAGGCGUGUGUCGUUUCAUGAAGAAGAACAAGAAUUGAAUGUUACCCAAAUCAUCCCUGAAAUCGGAUUAGGGGAACAAAAACACGACACAACAACAAUCCAAUCCGGAACCCUCGGACUCAAUGACACACUACAUCACCAGCUCACCCACGACAACCUCCUCGUCUAUGACAAAGAAGUCGAUGACGUAAUAAAACUACCAAGUCAAGAACAAGCAGUUUUUAGUAAAAGAGAAAAUCUUACUGAAAUUACAAACAGUGCAAAUUUAGUUUUCGAAGGUUUGAGAGACAUGACCGAGUUUAGUUUAGAUCAGAAAAAUGCCUUAAAAUCAACAACACCACAUAAUGAACAGGUUUCAAAGGAAACAAAUUUAAUACUGCAAUCUGAAUCUGAAUUUAUACCUGGAAAAAGUGGCUGGGCUACGUCAAAAUCCAGUUUUGUCGAAAAUAUUAGCCUUACCAAUGAAAUUAAUGAGACGUGUGACACAACCAGUGGCGAUGUAAAACUCUUACCAGUAACACCAUCCACACAAACGAACGUUGAGGUAGAGCAAGGGAAUAAUAAUUCUUUGACGGUGAGGGAUGUGAUACCAAAGUUAGAAAAUGAAACCAUUUUAACAACUGAAACCUUAGAUGAAAAGAAAACUGUCAAUGUUAAUAUUGAGGGUGGAAAAAUGGGGAUUUUAAUGAGCGAAACUAAACCUUUUGAAUCAGUGGGAGUGAAGGAUGCUUUCACUAGUAACGAGCAAAAAGGGAAAGUCUUACCUUCUGAUUUGAUGACGGAGUUAGAAUGUAGCAAAGUUUUAGUUUUGGACAGUGUUGUAGAAUCCAAACAGGAAUCUUUGAAAUUGACGAAGCCUACUGAAUCCAUUCAAGGAUUACAAAUUAAUGCAAUAAAAUCAACAACGACCACAGAUCUGAUUGAAAAUGUUAGCGAGUUUAACACUGAGAAACAUAAAAAUCAACAAGUUACAAAAUUUACAGUCGAUGUUACAGGAAAAAUGCCAGAAAUUAAUGAAAAUAUGAUUUAUGAGAAUAGUGGGGUUUAUAAAUCCAUUGACUCCAUUGGGGAGAAAGUGAAAGUAGGUUCAACGCAACCACUUGAAGGGGUUUAUACACAAGAAAAUGUAAUUUUUCUAAAAGAACAGGAAUUUCCUAAAUCAUCAACGAAAAAGGAAAAUAUUUCAAUAAGUUUUGAACUAGGGAAAAGCUUAGAAAUUGAACAAAAUCCAAUUCUUGAUACUUGUGGUGAGCAUAGCAUGAAAUUGGCAGAGGGUCAGAAACCAAAAAUGGAACUAGAAAUUGGACAUGAGAUAGAAACCAGGGUUGAAAAUGUUAUUGAAAAAUCAGAGUUAAUUAUAAUUCCAACGGAAAAAGAGAAAGUCAUCCCAACAGAUUUACAAUUUGAAACGUAUCAAACGGAUCAACCAGAAAUUAUUGAAGGAUUCAAAGAAUUCACACACAAGUCUGAUUUAGGAAUGAAACCUAAUUUUCGAUUAAGCGAAUCCGUUGGUGGUGUGGUGGAUAAUUUGAUUGUAGAUUUUAAAGAAAAGGAACUUACGAUUCCAGAGUUUAAAGUUGAUAAGCAAAAUAUUUCAACAGAUUUCGUUUAUUUGCAUGAAAAUCAAGGAGAAAUCAUUAAACCUUAUGAUUCAAAUGUUCCAAUGGAGAUUAGUAGUGAAAUGGAGAGGAAGGGAAAUUUUAGUUUAGAAUCUGUUGGGAAAGCAGUUGGAUUGAGUCAAUUAAUUCAAACUGAAGAAUCAGUGGGAGACAUUUCACAACAGGAACAACAAAUUCAACAAAACAUUACAUCAUCAUUUACCGAACCAAAACCAACGAGUUCUACAUUUACUAAUUUAUUACUUGAAAACACAAUUCCAUCCUCGGAGGAACAGCAACAAAAACAACAAGCAGUUACAAAAAUCGAUUCACUUUACUCUACUCAACCAACGGAACAAACCAUCAACUUUUCCUCACCAACGAAUGAUACACAAAAAUCCAAUCUCGUAAUUCUAGAAGAACAAAAUGUUGUGAGGCGAAGGGAAGAAGAUGUUAGAAUCGAUUUAAGUGAUAUUUCUCAAGCGGGGAAAGCUGUGGAAAUUGCUAAACUCAAAGUUGAACCUUUAGAUUUGGGAGUGGAAAUUUUAGAAAUUUGUUCUGAACUUGAUGUUGGGGUGAAUUUUGGACAGGGAAAAAUCAAAGAUAUUGGCGGAGCUGGUGGGGAUAAAGUUGCCAGUGUUGAAGAGAUUGAUUUGAGGAUGGCUGGGGAGAAAGUUGGGAUAAAGAAGGGAAAGAAAGUGGGGGUUAGUGAGCAGGAGAUGGUGAAAGAGGAAAUGGAGGAGGAAGUGGAGAGAGAAGAAGAAGAAGGUAUCGUAAGUACCACAGAAACACGCUACAUUGUUCACCCAGAUAAUCAACAACACAUUGAGACACUCACAACAUUCAAAUCAAAUAAGGAACAAUCAGGUCUUGUGGAGAUCACGGAAAUAACCGAAGAGGAAUCCACCUUAUCAACUUCAUCAAAAAAGAAAAUAUCCCAACCUCAAGAGCAACAAAUCAUGCCAGACGAUGAAACUCUUCAAAAACUGGAACAACUAGCAUCGUCAAAAACGAAAGCAAAAUUGAUAACGACGGAUUCGAGGCAAGAACCACUUUCCAUAACACAAAUCCAACCCGAGGAAUACGCAGAAGUAAAACCCGUCGGCGAAUUGGGCAGAGUGAAAGCAAAGAAAACGCAAGACGAGCAGAAAUCAUUGGAUGUUGAAGUAGUUUUGGCAGAAGAGUCCCUAGCACCGAUGAAAAUUAAAGAUUUGGAUACGAAAAAAUCUACAAAAUCCAUUAUGAAAACCAGAGCAGUUAAUAUUGAUGAACAAAUAUUGCUGGAGACUGCUGGAAGUACUGAUAAAUUUGUGUCUAAAUCGGAAAAAGCGGAGAAAGUCAUUAAGAAAUCCCAUGAAUUAUCCGGUCAAGUGGAUUUGCCUUUGGAAAAGGAAGAAGGUUUCACUGGGAAAUUGCAACCAAAAGGAUUUAAAGGGAAUUUGAACAUUAUUGAAAAUGAAGCAAUUGAUGUGAGCACUGUUUUAGUUAAAGAAUCGACGGAGAAAGUGGAUAAAUUUGAGUAUAAAGAAGAAACAGCCGGACAAAUUAUUAACAAGGGACAAAAAGUUGGUGUUACAGAAGAGAAAAUUUUACAUGAAAAGGAAUCCGUGCUAAUUCCAUUUGAAAGGAAAGAAGAACUCGCAAGACCAGCGCUUACCGAAUCUGAGUCCAUUUCUGUACAAGAAUAUGUUUCAUUACAUAAAGAAAUUGAUUCAGAUUUAGCAUUAAAAUCCGUUCAAGAAAAUGCUACCAAGGAUUUCAAAUAUGAAAAACAAAUUUUAACCGAAAUGAACAUCCCAUUAAGUUCAACGGAUAGUUUGAAGGAUUUUGUGUUACCACAUCAAGCCCAAGGUGGAAUUGGAGUUGAAAGGAAUCGUGCCGUCAGCGUUAGAGAAAUCAGAACUGGGGAAGAAAUUGGUCCAAAUAUUAAGGAGUUUAAAUAUCGAGGAUUGAAUUUAACUGGUGGAAUUGUCGAGGGUGAAAUGGGAGUUGUUGACGAGAGGGGAGUCGUCAUUCUCGAAGGGGUCGGUAAAGUUGGAGACUCCAAAGGAAAUGAACAAACUGGUGUAAUCGGAUUGGAAGGGGGGAAAGUUGGGAUUUCUGUGAGAGAAGUCGUUGGGUUGAGUAAAGAAGGGGAUUUUGUGGAAAUGGAGAAAGUUGUUGAGAAACAGGCGAAACCUACGUUGGAUGAGAAAGAGUUGGGCGUUGGAUCGACCAAGAAAGUUAGGAUUCUUGAGAAGGAAAAAUCCGUUAAAGAAUUUGAAAUGAAAGAAGAUAAGGGGAAAAUUUUACAAGAGCCGGUUCAUGGAAUUUUUGAAGAAGUUCAAGUUGGUUUGAACAAAGAGGGAUUAUUAGAAAUGGGAAAAUUGGAUGAAAAACAAGCUAAAUCUACUUUGGAUGAAAAAGAAUUGGGGGUGAGCUCUAAGAAGCAGGUGAAAGUUUUGGAGAAAGAGACUCCAACUACAGAAUUCAAACUUAAAGAAGAUACAGCAAAACAAAUAAUUGAACCAGUUCAUGGAUUGGAGAACCUUGAACAAAUGAAAUUAUCCAGUGAAGGGAAGUUAAAAGAAGAGAAAGUUGAGAGAAAGCAGGCGAAAUCCACCUUGGAUGAAAAGGAAUUGGGCGUGAGUUCCAAGAAGCAGGUGAAAAUUUUGGAAAAAGAAACGACAACUACAGAAUUUAAACCACAAGAAGAGAAGAUUAAACCAACAAUGGAGCCAGUUCAUGGAGUAGAAAAACAAGAACAAGUUAAAUUAACUAAAGAAUCCACGUUUGAAACUGAGAAAUUAGCUACGAAAAAUGCACGUCGUUCUCUUGGAGAAAGUGAAUUAGGAAUCCCAUCAAGUCAGUCACAUGUAAUUUGUGAUAAAGAAAUUGAUACGAAAGAUGUAAAGAGUGAGGAGCAAAAUGCAAAAUCAUCAUUCGAACCUGUAAUUGGGAUUGAAAGCCAAGAACAAGUCAAAUUAUCAAAAGAAACGGAUUUACCACAAGAGAAAUUUGAUACUAAACAAGCUAAAUCGACUCUAGAUGAAAAGGAAUUGGGCGUGAGUUCCAAGAAGAAAGUGAAAGUUUUAGAAAAGGAAAAACCAACAGCUACUUUGGAAUCGAAAAAAGAACAAGCUCAACCAGUUUUACAGCCAAUUCAUCCAUUGGAAGAGGAAAUACAAACAAAACUAACGAAAGAAACUACAUUCGAAAGUGAGAAAUUGUCUACAAAGAAUGCACGUCGUUCUCUUGGGGAAACAGAGUUAGGAAUCCCAUCCAGUCAAUCACAUGUAAUUUGCGACAAAGAAAUUGAUACGAAAAACAUAGAAACCAAACAAGAAAACGCACAGUCAACCACAACACCACAUCAUCACAGAACAGAAGAACAGCAAGUACAGUUAACAAAGGAGUCUGAUUUAGUAGAGGAUAAGAAACCGGGUUUAUCAAAAGCUCGGCGAUCCUUAGGUGAAACGGAGCUUGGUUUACCCGUUAGCAAAACCAUACAAAUCAGUGAAACAGCGGAAGCCCAAUCUGAAGAAGGUAUUAAAUAUGAAAAUGCUAAGCAAAGUUUAACUGAGAAAACAGCCGUUGAAAAAGUAAUGCAAGUUGAAUUAUCGAAAGAGGGGAGUCUAAAGGAUGAUAAAAAACCAGAGAAAAAACAGGCUAAAAAGAAACUGGAUGAAAACAUUACACUUGAAGUUACUGAAAUUAAACCAGAUAUUCAAUUAGGACAAGUUGCUAAAGUCACUGUUCAAGAAGACACGGCCAAAGUACUGCUUUCACCAGAAAAUGUAGUCACCAUUUCAGAGGAUCGUCCAGUGAGUCCUGCCGUGAGAGAAAUUCCAGUCAUCGUUGAAGAAUUUGGACAAGCUAAAGUUACCCAAGAGGAUGACGCAUUGGAAAAAGGGGAAGUCCGAAUUGAAGAAGUUUUUGAAGACCAACCUCAACCCGUUGUCGAGAGGAAGAAAAGGGUUAGCUUUUCCAUUCCUUUGGAAGAAGAGGAAGUCGGAGUGAGUGAGAAAGUCAAGAAAAAGAAAAAGAAGCCAGAUGCUGAACCAACGGUCAAGGAAGCUGUUGAAGAAAGGAUGAUACCAAUUAAGGUUGAAAGCGAUGUUGAAAUUGUCGAGAUUUUAGAGGAGACGCCAACAGAAGUUCAGGAAGUGAAAGUAGCAGAGAACGUCCCAGAAGCGGAGAAAGUAAAGAAGGAAAAAUAUUCUACAAAAGCGGUGUUAAUCGGUGAUAUCAAGUAUUAUAUUCCUGAGGAAUAUAUUGAAGAAAUUGAAGAGAAAGUGCCAAAAAUCAGAGAAGUCAUUGAAAUUGAACCAUUUGUUUUUGAGAAAGCAGAGUCACCUGAAAAACCUGUAGAAUUAGAAGCACCCAAAGAAUUGGUGGCAAAGAAAAAGAAGAAAGUUAAGAAACCGAGUGAAAAAGAGGAAGAAAUUGAAGAACUGGAUAAAGAAAAAGAACCAAUUGAAGAGGAAAAAGUGGAGAAAGUAGAGAAAAUCCCAUCAAGGAAAUCAAGUUUAAAAGAAGAGCAAGAAGCAAAAUCUAAAAAGAAAAUGUCAAUUUCAAAACCAGAAGAAGAAAAGGAAACAAAGGAAAAAUUCCAAGACGAUGCUGAUUUAGGAUUCAAAAUUAAAUAUCAAACACCUGGAAUUUAUGAAGAAGAGGAAGAAGAUAAAAUUCCAAAAGAAGUUGAACCUGAAAAAUUGGAAUUAAAAUUAAAAGAGAGGGACGACGAACCCUUGGAGAAAGCUGAACUGAAGAAACGAACAAAAUCUCGAUCUAAAUCGAAAGAAAAAGAUGUUCCAGAGGAAGUUCCAGCAGAAAGCGAACCAGUUGAAACUCAAGAAAUUGAAAAAGUUGACGAACCGAUAAAAUCAAGAAGUCAAUCUGUUGACGAUGGUCGCGAAAAGAAGGAGAAAUUCGUUGCUAAAGCUUCAUUGGAAAGUGAAAUUAAAUGGUACACACCUGAAGAAUAUGAAGAACUUGAACAAGUGAAAGCCGAACCAAAACCAGAAGUUGAAAUUGAACCAUUAGUUUGGAAAGAGAAAUCAGUACCAGAAGAGAAAGCGGAGGAGAAACCCAAACCUCUGGAUGAGGAGGAUGUAGAUGAAUUAAAGAAAAAGAAAGUGAAGAAAGUAAAGAAAGCUGAAAAACCUGACCAAGUUGAUGAAGAGAAAGCGGAGAAAGUUCCAUCAAGGAAAAGUAGUCUGAAAAGUCAGGAUGGGAAAAGUAAGACUAAACAAGUUGUUAAACCAGAAGAAGAACCAGAAACUAAACAAAAAUUAUCUGACGAUGCGGAAAUAUCAAAUAUUAAAUUCCAAAAACCUGGAAUUUAUGAAGAAGAGAAGGAAGAAAUUAAAAAACCAGAAGUGGAGCCAGAAAAAUUGGAAUUAAAAGAUGUUGAAUCUGAUAAAAAGAAGAAAAAGAAAGUUACGAAAGCUGGGAAACCGGAGGAAGAAGAAGAACCAGAACCAGAACCGACGCCAGUACCAAAAACUGAAGAAGAAUCCCCCGAGAAAUCCUUACCAACGAGUAAAUCCUCCACUCGUGAGCCAUCCUUGGAACCCGUGACGAAGAGAAAGUUCUCAUCAACAGCAAAUCUUGAUUUCCAGAUAAAAUACUAUACCCCUGAACCAUUUAUUGAAGAGAUUAUUGAAAAGAAACCCAAGCCAAUUAUUGUCGACGAUGAACCAUUGGUGUUUAAAAAGGAGAAAUCACCUGAAAUUGUAGAAAUUAAAGAAAAGAAAUUAAAAGUUAAAAAGAAAAAGUCAAUUCCUAAAGAAACCCCAGAAGAAGAAAAGGAAGAAGAAGAGGAAGAAAUUGAAGAAAUAUUACCACAAGUAGUUAAAGAAGCUAGUCCUGAAAAAGUGGAGGAAAUCCCAAGCCCAGUCCAAUCUAAACCACCAUCAAGAAAACCAUCCGUUGAUAAAACAUCUAGGAAAUCAUCCAUCGAACCAAUACCGGAAGUCGUGCCUGAGAAAAAGGAGAAAUUCUCAACGAAAGCUGUAUUAAUCGGGAAUAUAAAGUAUUACAUCCCGGAGGAAUAUAUCGAAGAAAUUGAAGAAAAACCAGUAAAAGAAAGAAUCGUUGAAGAUUUAGAACCAUUAGUUUUUAUUCCAAAAGAAGAACCAAAACCUAAAGAAAUUGAAAUGAAGGAAAAGAAAUUAAAAGUUAAAAAAUUGAAACCAAAAGAAAUUGAGGAAGAAAUUCCAGAAGUUGAACAGGAAGUUGAACCGGAGAAAGUUGUCGAGGAAGUUGUAAAACCAGAGCCAAAACCGGAAGUGAGAGUUGAGGAAGUUGUAGAAGAGAAAGCCCCCUCUAGAAAAUCCUCAAUCAAAAAGAAGGAAGUCCCAAAAGAAGAGGAGAAAGUGGUUAAAAAGAAGGAAAAGGAAGAGAAAGUUCAAUUGGCUGAGAUUAAAUGGUACACUCCGGAGGAUUACGUGUUGGAAAUUGUAAUUCCAGAAGUUAAGGAGAAGGAAAUUAUUGAAAUUGAAAAACCGGUUUACGAAGAAAUCGAACAGGAAGAAGUAUCAAUCAGUAUUAGCAAAAAGAAACCGAAAAAGAAAAGCAUAAGCGUUGAGCCCGAAGAAAGCGUGACGAUUUCUAAAGAAAAGAAAAAAUCACUUUCACCCGAGGAAGUCGAGACCGUGGUUAAAUUACCGUCCAAAAAGAAAUCACUUUCUCCUGAGGAACAAGAAGCAUCCGUGACAAUCACCAAGAAACCAAAAGAAAUUGAGGAAACAGAACAAGAAGUUCAAGUGACUUUCACCCAGCCAAAAGUCGAAGAAAUACAAGAACAAGCCACGUUAAAACUGAAAAAGAAACCAUCAAUUCAAAAAGAAGAAGACGAGGAGUCCGCGGAAUUCACGAUAAAACCAACGACGCAAACUUUUGAAGAAAUCGAACAGGAUAAAACGAUAAAAUUGAAAAAGAAACCCAAACCAAAAGUCGAACCGGAAGAGGAAGUCGCAGUGGAAUUAACCAUAAAACAAGAACCUGAAGAAGAACCAGAAUCCGCCGAGUUCCUAAUCCCCCGGAGAAAGUCCCAACCGGUAAUAACCACCGAACCAGAAGAGUCCAUAACACUUUCUAAAAAAGAAAAGGAGCAAAUUUCCCAAAACGUUGAAACCUCAAUCACUCUGAAACCAAAGAUUAAAAAACCCAAACAAGAAGUUGAAGAGGAAUUUAUAAUGAAGAGAAAGGAGCAAAGAAUUGAAGAAAUUGAGGAAAACGUGACGAUUAAACAGAGGAAAAGCAUCCCUAAAAUCGAGCAGGAAGAUGAGGAAGUCGAGGGGACUUUCGUUAUCGAAAGGGAAGAAGAACAAUCCGCGGAUUUUCUAAUAAAGAAAGCGCAGCAGAAAAAAAUGGAGAAAGUCGUAAAAGAAGAACCGGAAGAGUCCAUAACUUUAACUAGGAAAGAGCAAAAGCCAAUUUCCAUGGGUGAGGAGUCCGUCUCGAGUGAAAUCACGAUAAAGCGGAAGGUCCCUUAUGAGACUCAAGAGGUUAAUGAGGAAAUCACCUUGAAAACGAUUGACCAAGUGUUUGAAGAUAUCGAAGGUGACUAUAAAGUUAAAUUGGGGAAAGUUAAAAAACCGGAGAAAGUUAGUCAAGAAGAAUCCGUGGAAAUGACGUUGAAAUUGAGGCCGGAAAUCACUCAGGAGUAUUCCGUUUAUGAAGAGGAAGAGCAGCAGAUUGAGAUUAGAAAGAAGACUUACACCGUGGAGGAGAUUGACGGGGAGGGCGGGGUGGUUAUUAAAAAGAGGGAGAAGAAAAUUGAGAAGAAAUAUGAAGAGGAAUCGGCCGAGUUUGAUGUUUUGCUCAGGGGCGUGGAGAUUCUGAAGGGCUUGGAACCGGUGGUGCAGUGUCAGGUGGGACAGUUUGUCGAGUUGGUCGUGGUUAUUCGGAGGGAGGGGGUCGCGAGUGUCGUGUGGGAGAAGGGCGGAGUGGUGCUCCGAGAGAACUGCGAAGUCCUCCAGGGCUCCUCGACCAUAACGUUAAAGUACUCUAUCGAAAAAACCACCUUUGACUCUGCUGGGGACUAUCGCGUCUUUAUAAAAAAUGAGCAUGGCGUCGUGGUCGAAUUGGAAACCACGAUCGUUGUUAAGCGUGAGAAGACCACGUUUUCCGAAAAACUCACGGACACCGAGGUGAUCGAGAACGAGACGGCUAUUUUCACGGCGAUCUUAUCCGACGAGCAGGGGCAGGUCUCCUGGUUCAAAGACAGCCAGAAAUUAGUGGAGAAUGAGAGGAUCAAGUUCAUCCGGGAUGAUAAAGUGAGACAAUUGGUGGUCAAACAGGUCUCGGUUCAUGAUGAGGGGGAGUACACCGUGGUGAUCGUGGGGGAGAUUGACGAUGAGGAGUCCUCAGCAGAGUUGGUCGUCGUUGAACUCCCCCCUGAAUUGUGUAAAUUCCUGACGGACACGACGGUCCAGAGUGGCGAAUGCGCUAUCUUUGAGAUUGAGCUGACCAAGGGGGACGCGAGGGUCACGUGGUUCCAUGAUGAUGUUGAGAUUGUCUUGAGUGAGAGGGUGCAGUUGGCCAUUGAUGGGAAGAGACAAAGAUUGGUUGUCAUGGAUUCCGGGGUGAAGGAUGCCGGGGUUUAUUCGUGUAGGGUCGGGUUGGAGGAGGGUUACAGUUCCAGGGCCAAGUUGACCGUCGUUGAACCCAGCGUAUAUUUCAAGAGGAAAUUACCCCCCGUUACCAUGGUUACCAAGGAAACGGAGGAAGUUGAGUUGACCUUGGAGAUUUCGGAUGAGAGUUCCAGUGUUUCUUGGUUUUGCAACGGAAAAACGGUAAAGAAAAUCGACCGCUUUAAAUCCGUGAAGAAAGGGACGAAGCGUGUGUUGAAAAUUAGCAAAAUCCUCCAUGGCGACGAUGUCGAGUUCAGUUGUUUAAUCGAUGGGAGCAGCAUUAGCACGAAAACUAGCGUCGUUUUGGAGGAAAUCCAACUCCCCCCGAAAAUAACGACCAAAACGGACCCAAAAUACUACCCAAAAAUCAACCAGGAAUUUCCCCUAAAAAUCGAGUACAUAAACAAACCCACGAAAUUUAUAUGUUCGGAAAAUGGUUCGGAAAUUCAAAACCAAGAGUUUGGAGUGGAUUCCACAAUUUUAAAAUUCACCAUAACAACGAAUACUCUGAUUAAAUUUGUUAUUAAAAAUUCCUGUGGAGAAGACUCUGUGGAGUUUAAUCUCCUCCCAACAGGCCCCCCUCCCCCCCAGGCCGUCCAAUCUCCAUAGAAACCACGCCCCAGUCAAUAUUCCUCCACUGGACGGAGCCAGAAUUCCAUGGAAACUCAAAAAUAAUAAAUUACAAAUUGGAGUACAAAUCCGACGAGGACUCGAAAUGGACCGAAGUGAAUGAAGAUUUUAAAAUUGAAGAAACGAGUUUUAACGUUUUUGGCCUUAAAACUAAUUCAAAAUACAAAUUCCGAGUGAAAGCGGAGAAUUCCACGGGAUACGGUUUCUAUAGCGACGAAAGUGAAGAAAUUAUCGUCGAGAAGAAAA